CCAAAAUACACUACUUCUCCUGUCUCCUGUCUCCUGUCUCUGCAUUUGCCCUUUUAUCAAAACUUAGAAAUCACAAACAUUUUCAAGCAUCCAAAAGACCAUGUCAACAAUCAACUCUUCACCCAAGAACCAACAUGUCGCCGUACUGGCCUUCCCAUUCUCUACACACGCAGGUCCCCUCCUGGGCCUUGUCCGGAGGUUAGCCGACGCUGCACCGGACGUGACCUUCUCCUUCUUCAGCACAACCAAAUCCAACCAACCAUUGUUUUCGGUGCCAACACCGGAUAACAUUAUAGCCUAUGAUGUGUCCGAUGGCGUGCCUGAGGGCUAUGUGUUUUCGGGAAAGCCACAGGAGGAAAUUGAGUUGUUCCUCAAGGUGGCGCCGGAGAAUUUUAGGAGAGGAGUGGAGGCGGCUGAGGCAGACACCGAAAGGCGGAUCAGCAGCUUGUUGGUGGAUUGUUUUCUGUGGUUUGCGGCGGAGAUGGCAGUGGAGAUGAGGGUCCCGUGGCUGCCACUUUGGACGUCUGGGGCUUGUUCUCUGUCCGUGCAUUUUUACACUGAUCUUAUCAGGCAAACUGUUGGAACUACUGAUGUGGCAGGUCGUGAGAACGAAAUACUUAGCUUCAUUCCAGGAUUUUCUGCAGUACGCCUUGGUGACUUACCUAGUGGAGUCCUCUUUGGAAACUUAGAAUCACCCUUCUCAAUCAUGCUACAUAAAAUGGGACAAGCUCUGAGUCGAGCCACAGCCAUUACCAUAAACUCCUUCGAAGACUUAGACCCUACCCUCAUCAAAGACCUCAAAUCCAAGUUCCCAAAGUUCCUCAAUGUCGGGCCCUUCAACCUAACAUCCCCACCACCAAGGUCGAACACGGAUGAGCAUGGCUGCCUAGCUUGGUUGGACAAGCAGAAGGCCAAGUCCGUGGCAUACAUUGGCUUUGGAACUGUGGCAACACCUUCACCUAAAGAGAUAGUGGCAUUGGCUGAGGCACUUGAAGCAAGUGGUACACCCUUUAUUUGGUCUCUUAGAGACAACAUGACAAGCCAUUUGCCAAAGGGGUUUUUGAAGAGGAAUAGUGAGACCGGUAAAGUUGUGCCAUGGGCACCACAGGUACAAGUCCUGGCUCAUGCUUCUACCGGAGUUUUGAUAACGCACUGUGGAUGGAAUUCGGUUUUGGAGAGCAUUGCAGCCGGCGUGCCUAUGAUUGGGAGGCCAUUCUUUGGUGACCAGCCGCUGAAUAUAUGGAUGGUUGAAAAUGAAUGGCAAAUUGGAUUGAGGGUGGAAGGUGGGAUUUUCACGAAAAGUGGCACAAUGCGCGCUCUAGAAGUGAUUUUUUCGAAUGAAGAAGGGAAGAAAUUGAAGGAGCGAAUCGGAGUAUACAGAGACCUUGCUCUUAAGGCUGUUGGACCAAAUGGGAGCUCAACUGAAAAUUUUAAAACCUUGCUGAAGGUGGUCACAGGUCACAAAUGUUGAUUGGGAAUGCCAUCCCUUGUAAAAACAGGGGAAAUUACUUGUGUUAUGGUCACGAGUGAGUUUCAUUUUGAUUGCUAAAAGUCGAAUAUGAUUUGUACUUGUACUUUCUUAUUGAGUACCUUGUUAGAAAUCGAUUCUUAUAUGGAGAACUCAAAGUUACCAGUCAUAUUUCCUAAUUAAAUAUUUUAAAACAUAA